CGGUGCCGCUGCCCGGGGGCGGUGUCGCGGCGGGGGGCGGGGGCGGCCCCGGGCACGGCCCCCCCGGCGGCGGCGGCGGCGGCAGCGGCGGGACGAUGCCGUACCUGCUCAUCAGCACCCAGAUCCGCAUGGAGGUUGGCCCCACCAUGGUGGGAGAUGAGCAUUCGGAUCCCAGCCUGAUGAGCUUCCUGGGGGCCACGAAGCGGAACAUGCUGGGGAACCACUUCUGGGAGUACUACGUGAACGACGCGCCGCGGAUAGUGUUGAACAAGCUGGAGAGCUGCGGUUACCGGGUGGUGAGCAUGACGGGCGUGGGCCAGACGCUGGUGUGGUGCCUCCACAAGGAAUAGCGAGGAAGACUUCUGCGCCCCUCCUGGACGAGGUCCUGCUGGGGAUCAUCUCACGCAGGACCGACAGCAGACUCUGCCCCUUCGUCCCUUUCUGUCCCAGACUCCAGGCACUCGGGCACGGGGGGAGGAGUGGUGUAGGGGCAAAACUUGACCCAACAUAAACUUGCCAUCCUGCCAUUUCACAAGACCGGGGGGAGGAAAGCGCGCCCGGUCCAGACGAAAUCACGCACAGAGAACAGAUGGCUCUUCCCCGCACUCAGCUGAAUGGCAGUCUGGCAAAUACCAUCUUUUUACAUUUUAAUCAUCUAUUUAGCAUGCAUUGGAGGAAGCUCAAAUAACAGACUCGUCUGCCUGUUCCUCAGGGCUGCCCCGGGGAGGGCCGUGCUGAGCUGAGCGAGUUCAGGGCAUGCCUUCUCCCAGGCCACGGGCGCAGGGAGGGCAGGCCCAGCACGGACGCCAUGCUAUCUGCUAUCUCAGCCCUCAAACUGCCGACCCUGCCCAGUGCUCUCUGAGAGAAAGUUUCUCCCCCCCCGGGACUGUGGUUAGCAGCAGCAUCAACCUUUCAGCCCCGAGAGCGCCAUUCAAGCGUAACACAUUGUUCCUGAAAUAGCCUUAGAGCAGCACAGAAAGGUCUUGCCAACAUGUCAGGUACCAGCUCUGCCAUCUCAACAGCAGCAGUUGUGAUGCUGGAUCGUUUGGGACUGUGUAUCAAUCCUGCUGUAGGGGUAACGCCAAUAAAACAUUUCUCUAAAGCGA